GGAGGUAAAGGAGGCGAUACGCGAUCUCCGUCGGGGAAACGCAGACGGCCGAGCAAGAAGAAGAAGGCGAAGAGCCAGGAGAAGCCAGCUGCAUGCUGCAUUUCCCCAUUAGCCGCCCUUGCGGGUGAGUCUAGUGGUAAUGCCAAGCCUUCCUACGCUCUAGCCGCUCGCAAGAGCGUGCCCGUCAAGCCUCGAACUAACAAAGUUCAGUUCCGGAAACCAGAGAUCAUCGACAUUCCGCUUGAAGGAAAGGGCAAGAAGUUCAUCUUAGAGAAGCGUGAAUACGACUUCCAGGUGGAAACAGCAGACGAGUGCCCUCCUUCUGACCCCGAAGACAUGGCACGUGCCCUCAGCAACGCACUCGCCUUAGAGUCAGCGGUUAAGGGCAUUGAGCUUGGAAUCAGGGUCAAAUGCAGUUACAGGUGUCGGGGCAGAGAAGGGUUCUGUGCUAAGUGCAAAGAAGCCGUACCCUUGCCCUCCUACGCUGCAGCUGCGGUGACUAGUGAAAACCUUGAAAUCAUCGCCGACACCGGUAGCGAAGAAGACCUAAUCAGCCGCUCCGAUCUAGAGGCCCAUUUCAAGGGCAAGGCUAAAAAGGUUGCAUCAAAUCCGGUGAGUCUGCUCACCGCUAAUGGACCCGUAGACGCUGAGACGAAGCAUGAGGUCUACGUCGAGUCCUUGAGGUGCUAUGCCAACUCAGAGGCAACGUCCCAGUGUUUGGCGACCGAGGACAAUGCGUGGUCUUUGUUGGAAGAUUCAGUCAACAUUGACGAACUUGACGGUAUCUAUGGGGAAGUGCCUGAAGGAACAAUCGCAAGCAUUACCUUGUUUGCUUUGCCCGAAGGUGAGGUCGAAGCCCCAGCCGACAGCGAUGUCGAGCCACAGUCGGUUCCCAAAGCAAAGAAGGACGAAGCUUCUUUGAGAGCCGAGGCUGUUUCGCUGGAGCAUCGACUGACUCAUAGGCCGAAGAAUCCUUUCUGCCCGAUUUGCCAAAGAGCCAAGAUGUAC